GCCCUCAGUCGGUGUCCACCCACUGCGCCGUAUACUACCGGGAACAAGAACAGAGUUAGCUGGAGCUGGUUCUACUCCAGCAUGAAGACAACCUACAUCUUUCAGCUGCUGAUCCUGGCGGGAUUGAUCGACCUCAGCAUCCAAUGGAGUGGAAACGUUUGUUCUCGUACAAUCUGUAGGUACAGAAGUGUGCGGCGAUGUGUGUAUCGGACCUGGCUGGGAUGCUGUCGAUGGAGGUUGUGUGCGGUGCCGGAUUAUCAGGUGCAAAAUUUCUGCUGCAGUGGCUGGACAACCUCCUCCUCUGAGAACUGUAACCGACCAAUCUGCAACCCUUCCUGUAAGAACGGAGGUACCUGUGUGCGACCCAACACCUGUCAGUGUAAUGAUGGAGCUGUAGGACCGACGUGCAACACGUUGGUAUGUAACUACGUGCGGCCCUGUUUCCCCGGUAUCUGUACCCCAGGCACCAGUGCCAACUGUGACUGUUCAUCAGGAUUCCAGUCUCUAUCAAGCAGUCCGAGUGACUAUUGCAGAAAAUUGGAAUCAACCGAGAAGCCAGAGAUAUUUGAGAUAGGCGCCAGAUUGUCUUUCUGGCAGAGGGGUACCGGGAUGCCGACCAUGGAGAAGUAUUCUUUGUACGUGGACUCAACCAUGUCCAAUGUCUCCGACUCCGUGUGGACAAACAGGGAAAGAUUUAACUGGGUGAACGUCACUGCGUCUGCCCAUUACAUGGCUACAAACCUACCUGAGUCACCUGCCUUCAUCAAGAGCUAUGGCAUCGGAAUUGCAAAGGCUGAAGUUGACAUUCAUCAUGAGAAGCUGCCUUUGACGGGGUCAGUCCCUGUUGUCAGUCUUGACACAACUCUGCCCUGUACACCGGAAGUGUCUGAUCUCAACCCCACCUCCGACACCUACUACUGUGACAUUACCAAGCCGGACUAUGACAGAUCUCUGGAAAAUGGAGAUAGACUGACAUUAACAUUCACGGCAUGGAGCGGGGGUUACCGAGAACUCCAGGAAUUAACUGUAAGUGGACUUCGAGACAGAGGGAACCAGUUGUACACGGGGCAUAUGGUUGACCAGUCAAUGGAGUUCCGUUUCGACUUCACCAAACCAACUUACAGCUGCCUCGGACCAGCGUCAUCCUGUACAGAUAGACCAUUUUCAUUGAGCCAAGAUGUGACGAAGAAUCCAGUAAGUCUCCGCUGGUCCAACUGGACUGAUGUUCCUUCUGGCAUGCACCGCUACGCCUGGGAAGUGUUCAAACUACAGGUGGACGGAAAUCAACUUCUAAAAGAAUUUGAACCCUUGAAGCCUAUACAUGGACCUAUUGAAGUCAGUCAGUCCUCAUCUGCCUCCAACUCCUUUCAGGCCAACUACACACCGUCACAGCCUGGAGUGUACUCCUUCAUCCUGGAGGCCUCCGACAAGGCCAAUAACUCUGUCUUUGUAAGGAGGAUCGCCAUAUACGAUCCUGUUUCUAACGUUUCCAUAGAUACAGGGGCAGAUAACCGACUGUACAUAUCUUCGGCCGAUCCUAAAGGGGGAUACAACUGGCAAGAUGAUCCUUCUAGACCCGUCACGGUUACAUGGACCAACCACUUUGUGAACCUGAUGCAUGAGGAGGGCAAGUGGUUGAACGAAGUCCGCGCCUACCCCCCACAGCUCGAAGACUUCUUGAAGGACAUCCCUAAAGACUCCGGACAGGAUGACCACGACGGACAGCGGACAGUAGACGCAAUACCAAACAAGAGAGGUGUUGUCAAGUUUGAGGUUGCCAAUAGGAAGGACAGCAAUGAUGGCAUGAAUCAGACGAUACCAACAUCAGAUUCAGACUGGGUUGAUGUCGGACUCAUUGAAACAUACACCAUACAUGCUGCUUCACUGACGAACAGAGACACAGUAACAGUUUGGGUGAGAGCUACAGAUGUCCUAGGUAACACCCGGAUAGAUUCUACCAGGGUUCACUUUGAUGAUACACCGCCUGAAGCCGAGCAGCCUGUGUUCAGGAGGAACAUCCAGACGAACAAUGCACCAUUUAGUUCAACUGUUGAAGUAAAUGUUCGGGACAUGCAGAGCGGUCUGAAACGUGUGGACCUUUUCGUCAGGAAAGUGAAAAACGACCUAGUGAUUGUUAAUGAAACUUUGCCUCUCAGAACCAUACAUGCGUGUAACAGCUUUACAACGUGUUACUGUACUACCGUCAAUCCAGUCUGCUUCAACCAGACACAGGUUCUGCCCAUCAGCAACUGUUGGUUAAAACACCCAAUGUUGGAAGGACAGACGGUGACUAUGGACAUGAAUUUUGUGAACAUGGCGGGCAUCAAUACAACAAGGAGCUUUACUGUGGAUAGACUAGAUACGUUGAAUGGAACACAAGCAUCGCUAGCACCCGUAGACGUGACUGUCACAAGGAAAGAAACGAACUUAGUGACUGUGACGUGGAAACACACCCUCAGCUGCUACAAUCGGACAGAGAUGUGGAUCAACUACGAGGUGAAUGGACAGACGGUGAUGACCCUACUGCACAAGACAGCGACCUCCCACACUCUGGUCGGCCUCCAGCCGGACACAACCUACACCAUCGUGGUCAUCUCCCAGUAUGGGGAGUUCAAGAGCAGGACUGUCCCGGUGACCGUCACAACAGUAUCUGACGGACUUUCAGGUGGAGCAGUAGCUGGUAUUGUGAUAGGAGUAAUAAUUCUGCUGACAGUGAUAAUCGUUAUCCUGGGCCUUGUCCUUUUCAAACUCGGGCUUCUCGGUGGUCUCCUUCAACGCAACAAGAAGUACAGGGAGAGGCCACAUGUAGAGACUUCAACUGGUACCACAGCUCUCAAACAAAGAAAUCGCGCCAGCAGAUGGGCAUAUAUUAACACGACAUACUCCAAGGACGACGAUAUCUACAUCUACGGCCGCAUGGACCUUGGGGAGCCAUGGUACGUCCCUCCAGAGGAUAUCAUCCUGACAGAGGUCAUCGCUACCGGCAAGUUUGCCAAGAUAUACACGGCCAAGUGGACAGUGACACCAAAGAACGUCAAGGAUGUGGUUGCUAAGGUUCUCAAAGUGCGGGAGAGUGAGGACGACAUCCUUCUGAUGCUGGCUAAGAUCAACUUUGCUGCUACACAGAUCGGCAAGCACCGCAACGUAUUAGGCUUCCUCGGGGCCGUCAUGGAGAACGAUGCUCUGGGUCCCGUCAUGGUGCUGGAGUACUGCGAAACUGGCCAGCUGGACAAGUGGCUGACCAAGCAGAGAUCCAACACCAAUGAAGACACCCUGGACAGAAUACAGAACUUCACACUUGAAAUCGCACGUGGAAUGGAUUAUCUGGCGUCCAAAGGGAUCGUUCACCGCAAGCUAGCUGCACGAAACUGUUUGUUGACCUUCCUGCUGGAGAUCAAGGUUGCAGGCUGUGGUCCAAGGAAGGUCGAUGUGUCUUCUGAUGAAAACAAGGUGGACCGCAUCCCUAUCAAAUGGACAGCUCCCGAGUGUCUGAGGUCCCUCAAGGAUGCUAACGAGAAGAGUGACGUGUGGUCCUAUGGUGUGACAAUCUGGGAGAUCUUCAGCAUGGGUGAAAACCCUUACGCUGACAUCAGAGGUCGUGAUAUACCCACAAAGGUCAAGGGCGGAUACAGAAUGUCAAGGCCAGAGUAUGCAGAGGAUAUUCACUACCGGAUGAUGCAGGACUGCUGGUCCGAGUCUCCCGCGAACCGACCCACAUUCAGGAACGUGGUGGACAACCUGGAGACGUCGUUCGGUCUGCGAAGCGACGACAGCGACCAGAACUACUACUACCAACGCUAAAGUGGCAUUGGUGGACCCCUGUCCUAUUUCGGACAUUUUAUUAUACAGACUUUUUUUUAUAAAACAGGUUGUACGUUAUAUACAGUUUUGUUAGUAACGAGCGUGGUUCAUAGAUUGGUCUUCUCAUAUAUAACACCGUCCUGGAAAUUAAAACUGUAUAAAAGCGGUGGAAAUGGUAGUUGCCUCUAUGGGUUACAAGCGGAGUUUUAUUACAUUCUUCUCAUUUGUUAUUUUACACAAUGUGUGUGUCCGUGAUCGAUUCCCAACAAUUGAAACAAAGUGUGAUUUGUUUGGAAUAUAUCUCCCAAAUUAUGCGAAGUAUUAAAUGAACGUGUCCUUACAUUGUGUAUCCUACAUAUAUAAGUGGUACUUUCUUUGUAUUCCCCUCAACCGGUCAUAUGGACUCCAAAACUGCACAUUAAUACUAUUGUUACCAUCACAUUUUAGGUUACUUCACGCAGAGUCUGACUCUAUACCAGACUGUUGAGUGAAGAUACAUAUUGCAUGAUUUCCUGAAACCGUGCCUUGUUUUCUUUUCCUUUUAAGAUUCAACUAUCGUUGUAAUGGGAGGCGCUUCAAAUAAUAUCUUUUUUGUGAAAUAAUCGCCACGCAUUGUGGACAAUGUUUGUGAAAUGGUCAGUCAGUAAGGAUUGAGUUAUGGUGCAGAAGGAUGGCCAUUUAACUUUAACUGUGCUCCCCUUCUUGCAGAUCUGUUUCUUUAUGCAUAUGGAUCGGAAUUUCUGCUUGGAUUGUCAAAGUCAAAACAAAGUAAUUUGGCCAAGAAGUUUAACUUAAGUUUCAGGCAUAUCGAUUAUUUGAUAUCUUUCAAUAACAACCAAAUUGCCAAAUCCCUUCAACAGAUUUACCCAUCGGAACGAGAAAUAAAGGAGACCAACGAAACCGCCUCAUCUGUUUCAUGAUUAGAUCUAUGCAUAAAGAUUCAGAGUGACACAAC